UUUCAUUAGUAACGCAAGUCUUUCGAAAACCCCUUUUAAAACAAAAAUCCAAAAAAUAUAUAUAUUUCAAUGAGCGCGUAUUUAAAUAAAAUGAAAUAUUAACAAAAAAUAUAUAUAUUUAAAAAAAAAAAAUCUGUGUUUUAAAUUAUAAGUGUGUUGUGUUUUUUUUAAAGGCGUAAACUAGUCAAUAUAAAAAUAAAAGAUUAUACAAAAAUAAAACAAGAAAACAAAUAAUUAACAACAAAUUAAAUUAAAUUAUUACAAGCAAUUAAUUUAUAAUUAUUAUUGUUUUUGUUGAAAUUUAUAAAAAAAAAAUAACGAAACAUUUAAAGUAGAAUUUUUUAUAGAAACAGAAAAUGUUUUUGAAAUUUUUAUGUCUGUUAUUCUCAUUAUCAAUUUCAUUCAAUAUCAGCUGUGGGGAAAUACCAAACGAUGGCAAAUUACGCGUUUGCAUUGUUGAAUCGCGAGGACACUAUCGCAAGGCACCACAAUUCUGUCCCAUGCUAGAAGCUACCAGCAAUAUGGAAUGUGUAGUGGGCGUGGAUCGUCUGGAUUGUGUGAGGCGUAUACACAAGGGUACAGCACAUUUUGGUGUGCUAUCCUCCGAGGAUUUGGUGGCGGCACGUUGGGCUAGUGUCGAGAUAUUGGUGACAAGUGAACUAAGAUCCCACGAUGCACCAUUCGAGUAUGAGGUAGUAGCUGUCGUAGAUAAUGAAGCUGAUAUUCACACGGUGCACGAUCUAAAGGGUGCUAAGUUAUGCCACCCGGGUUAUGGUUUGAAAAAUCAUUGGACCGAUGUUUUUAGCUAUUACUUCGAGUCCACCAUGGGUAAGUCAUGUGACCCGGAAAUGUCUAUUUCUGAAGAUCGUAUUAGAGCUUCGGCUCGUUUCUUUGGUCCCAGCUGUACGGCUGGACCUUGGGUACCAAAUCCUAAGCAGGAUCGCCAAUUAAAAGAUCGUUAUCCCUUGUGUCAAAUGUGUUAUGAUCCCUAUAGAUGUGAUAGAGACAAACAUUGGGGUAGAAGAGGAGCCCUGUACUGUCUCACCAGUGGUGGUGGUAGUGUGGCCUGGGCUCGUUUGGAUGAUGUUAAAAGUCAUUUUGGGUUGUCCGGUUUAUUGGCACAAGCUAAUCCCAGUGAAUAUAGUUACUUAUGUGCUGAUGGCCAUUUACAACCCAUUAACACGACUAGACCCUGUGUUUGGGUAGCCAAACCCUGGCUUAUAGCUGCCCGUCGUUCUCAUGCUGCUCAGGUGCAACGUCUAGUGACGGGCAUUAAUCAUGACAAUCCUUCCAGUUGGCAAAAUGCCUUUUUGAGUUUAUUGGAAAAUUUCCAUGUUGAUAAAUACCUUGACAAUGUCAUACCCAUAGAUGAUUAUUUAGAUCAGGCUAGGUUUCAAAGUGCCUACAGUUUCCCAGAAUGUAAUCCUCCGCGUUCGAUUGUUUUCUGCACCACUUCUGUUAUAGAACCAUAUCAAGGUUCUUGGGUUACAGGAAGCUUCUCAAGUUUAUGGGUCCAACCCAAUAUACAAUGCAUAAGAUCCGCUACUCUGGACCAUUGUAUGGAUGAUAUUAAAUAUAAAGCUGCCGAUGUUAGUCUUGUUGGGCAAGAACAGCGUUUGAAAGCUCAACAGGAAUAUAAGUUACAACCCAUACUCUUUGAAUACUCACAAAAUAUGCAUGAUCUCUAUGCCACAAUAGCUGUGGUUCACAGGGACUCAAAAUUCGUCACAUUCCAAGACUUAGAAGGAGAAGCCUGUUUACCUUCGUAUGAGGCUGCCUAUCUCUCGGUUUUAGAACGACUACACAAUAAAACUGGACAACGUAUUGCUCCACACAAAUAUUUCUCACGUCACUCUUGCCUAUGGCAUGGAGACAAACUUGCUCUGAUGUUUACAGAGGUGACGAGGGUUGCCUUGAGAUGUUUAGCCCAAGAGGGAGAAGUGGCCUUUAUAAGCUCCGACUACAAGAAAUACAUAUCAGGCAAUUUAACUUCUCCCUGGUUAAAACAAUCGGGUCACAAAUCUUUCAAAUCCUAUGUUCCCUAUGGUGCCAACGUAAGACAUUCGAAAUUUGAAUUCUGCUACAUGCACUGGACUACCCGAGGCUAUAUAAUGACUCAUGAUGGUCCUCUGGCAAGGCAAAAUGAAAUUUUCAAUUCUCUACGAGAAAUAGAUGGUCUCUUUGGCAAGAAAUUCAAAGAUGAUGUUAGACCUUUCACCAUGUAUGGGGUUUUCGAUCGUCAAAACAAUAUCAUAUUCCGUGAUCAAACCGAUGAAUGUGGCCUACAGCAAAUGAAGAGUGAUAUUAAUCCCCGCAGCAUGGAGGAUAUCUAUGAUGAUUUAUGUAGCAGGAAAAUACAAAAGUGCAAUCGAUAGUGGUGUUAGCCAGUUAUCGGCUUCAAGUUGCAGCUUAGCGAUAAGUGCUUUAUUGAUAUUGCAUAUUCUAAGGCGCGUGUUUGUUUAAUGGAUUUUUAAAGUUUUGUUUUAUUCCAAUUGCUUUAUAGUAGUCAUCUAAGACUUUAUUUAAAUAAUUAUUUAUUGUGAUAUUAUAAUAUAAGUUAAGCUGUAUAGAAGCAAGGCUAGGUGUAGAUUUGUAUGGCAGAAAACUUAAGUCAGGAAGAUUUAAAAAGACCAAUGAUCUUGCUUUUAGUGUUGUAAUAAUAAUUUAAGUUUUUUAAUAUUGAAAUAAAUAAAUGUUGAU